CCUAGGGCUGGAGGGGCUGUGGGGGGCACCAAGGCCAGGGUCAGCCUGGCAGGGACCCCCAGGGCCUGGUGUUGGGCUCCUCCCCAUGGCACAGGGCACCUCCGACCCCCAUCACGACAUGGGGACCCUCUGGAUUUCCUUGCCGUGGCAAAAGGCACCUCCAAACCCCCUGAAUUUCCUCACUGUGGCACAGGGCACCUCCAGACCCCCCUGUCAUGACACAGGGAACCCCUGGGUUUCCUCACCAUGGCACAGGGCACCUCCAGACCCCACUGUCAGGACACAGGGACCCCCCGUUUCUCAUCACCUUGGCACAGGGCAGCUCCAGGCCCUGCUGCCAUAACAUAGGAACCCCCUGUUUCUUAUCACCAUGGCACAAGGCACCUCCAGACCCUCUGGAUCUCCUCACCACAGCACAGGGGCACCUCCAAACCCCACUGUCAUGCCAUGGGGACCUCCAGGGCUCCUCGCCAUGGCACAGGGCACCUCCAGACCCCCUGAAUUUCCUCACCACGGCACAAGGUUCUCGGUGAAGACCCUCCUGGAGAAGUACACGGCGGAUCCCAUCGAUGACUCCUCCGAGGAGUUCGUCAACUUCGCCGCCAUCCUCGAGCAGAUCCUCAGCCACCGCUUCAAAGGCCCCGUCAGCUGGUUCAGCUCCGAUGGGCAGCGCGGGUUUUGGGAUUACAUCCGCCUGGCCUGCAGCAAGGUCCCCAACAACUGUGUCAGCAGCAUCGAGAACAUGGAGAACAUCAGCACCUCCAGGGCCAAGGGCCGGGCGUGGAUCCGCGUGGCGCUGAUGGAGAAGCGAAUGUCCGAGUACAUCUCCACGGCCCUGCGGGACACACGGACCACCAGGCGGUUUUACGACGACGGGGCCAUCAUGCUGCGGGAGGAGUCCACGGUGCUCACGGGGAUGCUCAUCGGGCUCAGCGCCAUCGACUUCAGCUUCUGCCUGAAGGGAGAGGUGAUGGACGGUAAAACGCCCGUGGUCAUCGACUACACGCCCUACCUGAAGUUCACACAGAGCUACGACUACCUGAGCGAGGAGGAGGAGCGGGGCAGCGUGGAGAGCAGCACGAGCGAGGACAGCUCGCCUGAACACCCCUACCUGCCCCUGGUCACCGACGAGGACAGUUGGUACAACAAGUGGCGCAAGAUGGAGCAGAAAUUCCGCAUCGUUUAUGCCCAAAAGGGGUACCUGGAGGAGCUGGUGCGGCUGCGGGAGUCGCAGCUGAAGGACCUGGAGGCGGAGAACAAGCGACUGAAGCUGCGGCUGGAGGAGGUGAUGGUGCAGAACCAGCUGGAGAAGAGGGAGCUGGAGGGCGUCAUCCUGGAGCUGCAGGAGCAGCUGUCCCCGGCACCGGUGGCCAUGCCGGGUGCUGAGCAGCCGCCUUUGCCGCAGGACGGGGCUGAUCCCCUGCGAGAACCCACAGCUGGCCCAGCUCUCCAAGGAGAUGGUGACACCCCUGGUCAACCAGUGGCCCUCGCUGGGGACCCUCAACGGCAACGAGAGCGGCUCGGACAGCAAACUCUACAGGAGGCACAGCUUCGUGAGCACCGACCAGCUCUCGGCCGAGAACAGCCUCAGCUCCGACUCCCAGCGCCUGGGCGAGGGCAAGCGCGAGGGCGAGCCCUGGGGGCCCUUGGGGAAGGACCCCACGCCCUCCAUGCUGGGGCUCUGCGGCUCCCUGGCCUCCCUGCCCAGCUGCAAGUCCCUGGCCAGCCUCAAGUCCAACGAGUGCCUGGUGAGCGACAGCACGGAAGCCAGCCCGACCCGCAGCCCCAGCUGAGGCCCCCGGCCCCCUCACCACCCCCCGGCCCGGCCGCCCGGCCCAGCGUCGCGGCACAGGACUGAGCUCGGCCCGGGACUGAGCUCGGCCCCCCUCGCCGCCCCGGGAACGACGAGGGACUCGCCGAACCCACUGGGGAGGCUGGGGACGGGCAUCCCCCUCCCCAUCUCGACAUCCCACCCCCCGGCUGUGCCUCGGACCCCCAGCCUGGACCCUGGCUGGAGACAUGGACCCGUUGGGAUGGGGGAUGCAGGACUGGGACCCAGGCGAGCUGGGGAUGGGGGGGAUGAACUGUGCCAUGGGGGGACACUGGGAGCGACAGCUGCUGGGGAGCAAGGAGGGGGUCAGGGCCAGGCCCCCUCCAGGGGUGAGGGUCUGGGCACAGCCCCACUGUCCAUCCUGCUCAGCCCUCAGUGCCCACCUGGCCUUCCCCAGCCCCUCUGCUUUGGGGGGCUGCCUGUCCCCCACUUUGGGGACCAGCUGUCCCUCCUUGCAGCAGCAUCCCCACGCCAGGGGGAGGACUCCCCUUUCCCAUCCCCUUCCCAUCCUCCCCUGGGUUUUGGGUUGUUUUGGGUGAUUUUGGUUUUUAUUUUGGCCCCAUCUGCCUGGUUGGAGCAAAAGGAAAUCAAUAAAUGCAGCAAGCAGA